AUGGCUCAAAUCGAAGAAAAAUCCGAACUCUUCCCUCCUAUCGCAGACGUUGUUGAUAAAACCCAUGCCGGAGAUGAAGAUAUCUCCGCUAGACCACUCGAAGAGAUCGAGUCUCUUUGCAUGCAAUGUGGGGAGCAGGGAGUAACACGCAUGAUGCUCACAUCCAUCCCGUUCUUCCGGGAAGUCAUUGUGAUGAGUUUCCGCUGCGAACAUUGCGGCCACUCAAACAAUGAGAUCCAGUCGGCGGGGAAGAUCAGAUCUGAGGGUACUAUGUACACAGUAAAAGUUCUUAACCGCGGUGACCUUGACCGCCAGCUCAUCCGUUCCGAAGCAUGUAGUAUCAACAUCCCCGAGUUUCAGCUGGUUCUUCCGCCUUCCCGUGGGCAGCUUACAACUGUCGAGGGUCUUCUCCGGGACAUCGUCGCGGAUCUCAGCGUACAGCAGCCACUCAGACGCAUUCAGGACGAGAACGCCUAUGCUAAAAUCCAGGAAAUCAUUGAUUGUCUCAAGGAGAUCAUUGCCGAUACUGAAGACGAAGACGAAGGCAAGGACAAGUUUGAGAAGAGAGAACUAUCGAACGAGGAUCCAGUCGCACGUGCAAUUACCAUCACUUUAGACGACCCAUCUGGGAAUUCCUUCCUCGAGUUCGUGGGCAGCAUGUCCGAUCUGAAGUGGAACAUGCGCACAUAUGAGCGGUCGCUUGAGCAAAACCGGCAGCUUGGAUUGGCACCUCCUGCGGAAGACGCGGAAGACAAUGCAGCAGACGAGGCGGAACAAGAAUCAGAGGGUUUAAACGAGGAAGUGUUCGAGUUCCCUGGAAUCUGCUCGCGUUGCGGACGACCACUUAUCACGCGCAUGAAGAGAGUUUCUAUUCCCUAUUUCAAGGACACCCUUAUAAUGUCAACUAAUUGUGACGACUGCGGAUAUCGGGAUAAUGAGAUCAAGUCAGGGGCUGCAAUUUCUGAGCAUGGCAAGAAGAUUACGUUGAAGGUUGUAGAUAGAGACGACCUCAGCCGCGACAUACUUAAAAGCGACACGAGCGGUCUCAGCAUACCGGAGAUAGACCUCGUUCUUCACCCCGGCACACUAGGUGGACGUUUCACGACUUUAGAAGGCAUUUUAGAUCAAGUAUACGAGGAACUCACUGAGAAAGUAUUCAACGCAGGGGAUUCUGGGGUCGUAGAUGUCGAUGACAGGGCCGAAUUCCAGGAGUUCUUAAGAAAGCUUAAGCAGGUCAAGAAUGCCGAGAUACCAUUCACCUUGAUUCUAGAUGACCCCCUGGCGAACUCACACGUACAGAAUUUAUAUGCACCCGAUCCAGAUCCGAACAUGGAGAUCGUCACAUACGAACGAACGUGGCAGCAUAAUGAAGAUCUUGGACUGAAUGACAUGAAUGUGGAAUCGUAUGGUGGUGAUGAUACGAAGGAUGGUGAUACUAAAAGUUAGAGGUCAUGUGCAGACGGUUGAUUGUUGCUUGGCCCGUCAUCAUAGUAGUAUGAACGUAAUAAUUGCCAGUGUCUAUGGCUUGCGUUGGGCGAUCACCAGCCCGUCACAACUCAAGGCGGACACCCUACGGAACUACAUGGACAUUUUGCAUCUUCUCUUAUUUGUCCUGCAACUAGAGUACGGGCUUCUGAUGGGCGUCGCGGUGAUGCCGAUGAGGCCUUGGGCUGGUUUGAAUUCAAAACAACAAUAUUAAUCAAUUUGAAUUU